AUGGCUAUCAGAGAGUCUUACUGUCCAGAUGGCUAUCAGAGGCUGAGUAACUGUCCAGAUGGCUAUCAGAGGCUAACUGUCCAGAUGGCUAUCAGAGGCCGAGUAACUGUCCAGAUGGCUAUCAGAGGCCGAGUAACUGUCCAGAUGGCUAUCAGAGGCCGAGCUAACUGUCCAGAUGGCUAUCAGAGGCCGAGUAACUGUCCAGAUGGCUAUCAGAGGCCGAGUAACUGUCCAGAUGGCUAUCAGAGGCUGACUAACUGUCCAGAUGGCUAUCAGAGGCUGACCAACUGUCCAGAUGGCUAUCAGAGGCUGACUAACUGUCCAGAUGGCUAUCAGAGGCUGACUAACUGUCCAGAUGGCUAUCAUUGGCUGACUAACUGUCCAGAUGGCUAUCAGAGGCUGAUCAACUGUCCAGAUGGCUAUCAGAGGCUGACUAACUGUCCAGAUGGCUAUCAUUGGCUGACUAACUGUCCAGAUGGCUAUCAUUGGCUGACUAACUGUCCACAUGGCUAUCAGAGGCUAACUGUCCAGAUGGCUAUCAGAGGCUGA